AUGGCGUCCCGACGCCGUCCAAGAAUUCAUGCUCUCUUCUUCCCCCUGACGACCUUCCUCCUCCUGCUCGCCGGCCAGGCGGCCGCCGUCAACACCGGCGAGACCGUCGUCUUCUGGGGCCGCCACAAAGACGAGGGCUCCUUGCGCGAGGCCUGCGACACCGGCCUCUACACCAGCGUCAUCAUCUCCUUCUACAGCGUCUUCGGCCACGGCCGCUACAGCCUCGACCUCUCCGGCCACCCGCUCCACGCCGUCGGCGCCGACAUCAAGCACUGCCAGUCCAAGAACAUCGCAGUGCUCCUCUCCGUCGGCGGCCAGGGCGGUGAGUACUCCCUCCCGACCAACCAGUCGGCGGCCGACGUCGCCAACAACUUGUGGAACGCCUACCUCGGCGGCGGCCGCAAGGACGUGUUCCGGCCCUUCGGCGACGCGGUGGUGGACGGCAUCGACCUGUUCAUCGACCAGGGCGGCGCGGAGCACUACGACGAGCUGGCGCGGCAGCUGUUCAGCCACUACAAGUACGAGAUGCUGCUGACGGCGACGACGCGGUGCUCUUACCCGGACCACCGCCUCGACAAGGCGCUGGCGACGGGGCUGUUCUCGCACAUCCACGUCCGGGUGUUCGGCGGCGACGACGUCAGCUGCGCCACGCACCACAGGGAGACGUGGGAGAGGUGGGCGGCGGCGUACUCCGGCAGCCUGGUGUACAUCGGCGUGGUGGCCUCGCCGGAGCAGGACGCGAAGGCCUACCUGCCACGUAAGGUUCUCUUCUCCAGCGUGCUCAGCUACAUCGUAGAGAAGCCCAACUACGGCGGCGUCAUGAUCUGGGAUAGAUACUACGACAACAAGACCGGCUACUCCGCUGGAAAAGCUGCUUAA